AGUAGAGCGGAAGUGCCCGUCGUGAGGCGAUGCGGUGGCGGGUGUGGCUGGCGACGUGGGUCUUGUCGGCGGGCCUGGCCGGGGCGGUGGAGCCCUUGAGCCUGAGCCUGGCCCUGGCCGGCGCCGCCGCCUCCGCCUUCACGGGCUUCCUCUCCUACCCGCGCCUCUACUGCCUCUUCGCCCACUGCUGCCACCAAGGGGACGGCGCCCAAGUCCAGCCAGUGCUACAGGAGAAUUUGGACAAGAAGCUCUUUGGGCAGCAUUUGGCCAGGAAGGUGAUAGUGAAGGCCGUGACAGGGUUCCUGAACAACUCCAACCCCAAGAAGCCCUUGACGCUUUCCUUGCACGGCUGGACCGGGACCGGGAAGAACUUUGCCAGCAAAAUCCUGGCUGAGAGCCUCUACAAAGAGGGCCUCAACAGCAAAUAUGUCCACCAGUUCAUCUCCACCUUGCAUUUCCCUCACCUGCAGAACCUCACCCAGUACAAGGACCAGUUGCAGAUGUGGAUCCGGGGCAACGUGAGCGCCUGCGCGAGGUCCGUCUUCAUCUUCGACGAAAUGGACAAGAUGCACGCCGGGCUCAUUGACGCCAUCAAGCCCUUCCUCGACUAUUACGACGAGUUGGACGGCGUCUCCUACCGGAAGGCCAUCUUCCUCUUCCUCAGCAAUGCCGGAGCCGAGAAGAUCACCGAAGUGGCGCUCGACUUUUGGCGGAAAGGGAAGAAAAGGACCGACCUGGAGCUCCGAGAUGUGGAGACCACCGUCUCCGUCUCCGUCUUCAACAACAAAAAUAGUGGGUUCUGGCACAGCAGCCUCAUUGACCGGAACCUGAUCGACUACUUUGUGCCCUUCCUGCCCCUGGAGUUCCGCCACGUCAAGAUGUGCAUCCGGGCCGAGCUCGAAUCCCGCGGCUAUGUGGUCGACGAGGACAUUGUGACCCGGGUGGCCGAGGAGAUGACCUUCUUCCCCAAAGAGGAGAAGAUCUAUUCCGACAAAGGCUGCAAGACGGUCUACACCAAGCUGGAUUUCUACUACGACUUGUAACCCUUUUGUUUUUGUAAUGAAGCCAAUUGCAGAAGAAACCGAAUCAUUUUAAAGAUUUUUUAGACAAAAACAUGGUCCUCGUUUCAAGCUAUGGCUUGGUGCCGAUACUGUGAAGCCGCUUGAGUUCGUUUGGGGCCUUGUUUUGUUUCGUUUUCUACAACCCUGGAUCUAUAUGUGACUAUUUUGUGAUUCCAACAAUAAUCAAAAGUACUGUACUGGGAAACCACUCUGAAAUUUUCUCAGGGUCUUGCUUUUUAUGGACCUGGAACAUAAUAGGACUGAUUGGUCACUCCAAUGAGUCCUCCCAAUUAAUUUGGCGAUUUUCCAGCUAAUGAAAGACUAUUCUAAUCUUAUCAAUGGGAGACGAGAAUAUUGUUCAGCACGGUUGCACAGCUUUCUCGAGACAUUUGCGACCAUUUCCACUCAAAGUCGGUAAGGAUAAUAUAACGGGAUUUUUUGAUUUGUAUUUUUUUGCUGUUCGGUUCAGGAAACCAGUAAUUAGCAUUUCCCUUGCCCUGAAAUUACGCAUAAAAUAUUAAGUGUAUUUUGGGAUAUAUAUAUGAAGCUACCCACCCGGAUUAUGAGGGGCUGAUAUUCCAAGUAUUCUCAGUGAUGAAAGUUUCGGCGACCAUAUUUUUCCUUCCAAAUUAAAUAUGACAUGAAACAUC